CACACACAGCUAUCAAAUAUUUAUCUCCCUUUGGUAUUUCCUAUGCCCUUCGUGACGUCACAGGACACACAAAAAUUGAAAAAUGGCACACAUUUUUCGUCAAGCUGCUAAAACGGGGAUAUCUGGUCUUCGUGGCCAAACAAGAUGUUUCAACUGCUCCCCAGCAGCAUCAGCUUCUCAGGUUGCCAUGAGUCGAUUUGAUACAGACAGAUGUCUUGAUUAUGAUAAACUAGAACAUAAUCUUAAAACUGUCAAGCAAAGAUUAAACCGACCAUUUACUUUGUCAGAGAAGAUCCUAUACAGCCACAUAGAUAGCCCAAAGAAUCAGGAAGUAGAACGAGGGGAGAGUUACUUGAACUUGAGACCAGAUAGAGUUGCUAUGCAAGAUGCCACAGCUCAGAUGGCUAUGCUACAGUUUAUAUCCAGUGGACUUCCAAAAGUAGCAGUCCCUUCCACUAUUCAUUGUGACCAUUUAAUAGAAGCUCAGGUUGGAGGUGAAAAAGAUUUAGCCAGAGCAAAGGACAUCAAUAAAGAGGUAUAUGAAUUCCUUGCCUCAGCCAGUGCUAAAUAUGGUGUGGGAUUCUGGAAACCAGGCAGUGGAAUCAUCCAUCAGAUAGUUUUAGAGAAUUAUGGCUACCCUGGAGUGUUACUGAUAGGUACUGACAGUCAUACACCUAAUGGAGGAGGUUUAGGAGGACUGUGUAUUGGUGUAGGUGGUGCUGAUGCUGUAGAUGUCAUGGCUGGUCUCCCCUGGGAACUCAAAUGUCCAAAGGUGAUAGGAGUAAAGCUAACAGGAAAAUUGAGUGGUUGGACAUCACCAAAAGACAUCAUUCUUAAAGUUGCUGGUAUACUUACAGUCAAAGGAGGAACUGGUGCUAUUGUUGAAUACUUUGGUCCAGGUGUGGAUUCUAUUUCAUGUACAGGAAUGGGUACCAUCUGUAACAUGGGUGCUGAGAUAGGAGCUACAACAUCAGUGUUCCCUUACAACCACAGAAUGCAGGACUAUCUUAGAGCUACUGAAAGAUCAGCUAUAGCUGAUCUAGCCAACAAUUACAAAGGGUUGUUAUCAGCUGAUCCUGACUGUAAAUAUGACGAGUUGAUAGAGAUAAAUCUCAGUGAGUUGGAACCUCAUGUUAAUGGACCAUUUACUCCAGAUUUGGCUAAUCCUAUUUCAAAACUUGGUCAAAUAGCUAAAGAGAAGGACUGGCCAUUGGACAUCAGAGUUGGUUUGAUUGGUAGUUGUACAAACAGCAGUUAUGAAGACAUGAGUAGGUCAGCUAGUAUUGCCAGACAGGCAGUAAACAAGGGUAUCAAAUCUAAAGCAGCAUUCACAGUAACUCCUGGUUCAGAACAAAUUAGAGCUACCAUUGAAAGGGAUGGACAGGCCAAAGUUCUUAGAGAAAUUGGUGGUGUUGUAUUAGCCAAUGCUUGUGGUCCAUGUAUUGGCCAGUGGGACAGAAAAGAUGUAAAGAAAGGAGAGAAGAAUACCAUUGUAACCUCAUAUAACCGUAACUUUACUGGUCGUAAUGAUGCCAACCCUGCCACUCAUGCCUUUGUUGCCUCACCAGAACUUGUCACAGCUUUAGCUAUCGCUGGAGAUUUAGGAUUCAAUCCUGAGACUGAUUUUUUAACAGCUGCUGAUGGUUCAAAAUUCAAAUUUGAAACACCUUAUGGAGAUGAAUUACCAGCCAAUGGAUUUGAUCCUGGAGAAGAUACCUUCCAACCACCACCAUCAGAUGGCUCAGCAUUGAAAGUUAACGUUGAUGAACAGAGUCAGAGGUUACAACUACUCACUCCAUUUAAUAAAUGGGAUGGUAAAGAUAUCACAGAUGCUUUAAUUCUUAUAAAGGUAAAAGGAAAAUGUACAACUGACCACAUAAGUGCUGCAGGACAAUGGCUUAAAUACAGAGGUCAUUUAGAUAACAUAUCAAACAACUUUAUGAUCGGGGCAACAAAUUCAGAAAAUGGUGAAAUCAACAAAGUAAAGAAUCUAUUAACAGAAGAAUAUGGAGCUGUUCCAGCCACUGGUAGAUACUAUAAGGCUCAGAACUUACCAUGGGUUGUUGUUGGUGAUGAGAACUAUGGUGAGGGUAGCAGUCGAGAACAUGCAGCAUUAGAACCAAGACAUUUAGGUGGUCGGGCUGUCAUUGUCAAAAGUUUUGCCAGAAUUCAUGAAACAAAUUUGAAGAAACAGGGAAUGUUGCCAUUGACUUUUGCCAAUCCAUCAGAUUAUGAUAAAAUUCAGCCUACAGAUAAAAUAUCAUUAUUAGGUCUUAGUAGUAUGGCUCCUGGAAAGCCAGUGACAUGUGAAAUAAAACAUUCAGAUGGAUCUAAAGACACUAUACAACUGAAUCAUACAUUUAAUGCAGGACAAAUAACCUGGUUUAAGGCUGGCAGUGCACUUAACAGAAUGAAGGAAGUCAACAAAUAAACAGUUUUUGUGAUAGAUCUUUAUUUAUUAGAUUUUUAAUUUACAAGUCAUUUUCACAUCAGAUAUUCUAGAUAUGAACCUCAUUUAUCAUGAAAAACAGAUGGCAUUUGUUUUAUAAAAUUACAAAAUUACAGUAUUGUUAUCGACGGUAGCCAUAUUUAUUUCGAUUUCAUUCAUCUUCACUUGAGGAUUUAAAAGGUUAAAAUGCUAAAAUAGGUUUUUUGAUUUGAAACAAAAGAUGACUAUAUGUAGUUUUGUAAAGUCUAGAAGCUUUUAUAAAUGUUUAGGGUGGACAAUAUAAUUUAUUUCAAAUGCAGUGGCUAAUAAUGGUGUUGUUUUGAAGUUUGAAGAGGACUGCCUGUUAAGAAUAAGAAAAGAACAACUCUAAACUAUCAUAAUUCUUAGAAGUUAUAUAUUGGAAUAUAACCUUACUAUAGCAAUUGCUGUAACUGAAGCCAGGGUAGUUUUCCCAUGUAUGAACAGGAAUGACCCUAUGGCUCACUAUGGCUAGGUGAGAUAUAGCAGGCUAUGUCAAGUUGAAGUACUUGAUUUAAUUUACCAUUUACAUGUGAUAGUGCCAAGUUUUGUCUUUUUUGUUGUUGAAUUAUUAUACCUCAUUGUGCUAUUGUAAUAUAAUGUACUUAUUAGAAAUUCAGUUAAUUAAUUUUAAUUUCAUUCCGGUGUUUUUUUCUCACUUUUCCAGGGUCUACAAUUUGAAUCUCUGCCUAUGAACCGUAUUUUAAGGCCUUUUUUCAUUAUAAAAAUUGGUUGCCUGUUUUGAUAGAUAAAUUUAGAUCCACUGAAUACUGACCAGUCAUAUAAAUACCCAAAGUAAAACUAUUGAUUUUAAUUUACAUUAUUUAUAAUUUUUUGCUGUGUAAUGAAAUGCUUGACCCUCCAUAUUAAACCCCACCUUUAAAGUAAAGGCACAUUUGUUGUGUAUAUAAUCAGAUAUAUAGAAUACGAGUCACAUGAGUGUGUAUACAUGUUUGAUUUAAGCAGAUUACUGAUAGUUUUGUAUAUAACUUGACUUAAUUCUGUAAUAAAACGUGAUUAUGUUUUUA